GCACUGUGAGAUCUACAGAGCGAGUUGCCAAGGAGACGAAGGCGGUGGUGCUAGCAACUGCUAGCGUUUGAAGCACUGAGGAGUUGACGACAAGGCUUUCUUCUCCGCAUGUUUUUGUACAAGGAAGCGAAAAUAGAAUGGCUGAACUUCACAUUAUCGGCCAAAUCGUUGGAGCAACUGGUUUCCCACAAAACAGCCUAUUCUGCAAAUGGGAAGUUCAUGCAGGGGGAGCAUGGCGUCUUCUCUCUGGGCUAAAGGAGGGCCAGACCCAAGUAGAUCUUCCUCAGACAGGAGACAUGGCGUACUGGAGUCACCCAAUAGAUCUGCAUUUUUCCACUAAAGGACUACAGGGCUGGCCAAAGCUUCACCUCCAGGUGUGGAACCAAGACUCUUUCGGUCGUUGCCAGAUGUACGGUUACGGCUACUGCCAUGUCCCGUCUAGCCCCGGACAUCACCGGAUAAACUGUGUGACCUGGAGGCCGCUCGGCUCCUGGCAGGAGCAGUUGUCUCAAAUGUUUGUGGGCGGAGGUCCCCAGCUACGGAGCCCGGACCUUGUGUACAGCGGGGCGGACAGAUACAGACUGCACACCGAAGCCAUGGGAACAGUGGAGCUGGAGCUGGGCAUUAUCAUGAGACACUUUGAUAAAUACGGCGUCGAGAGUUAACUGGUUUUGAGGAAAAACUCUGUAAAAUGUACUGAAGUACUUCUGCCAUGACAACUUUUUAAAUACGUUUUGUCAUCUUUCAAUUUUAUAUAUU